CAUACUCUGCCAAAGUAUUUUUAGCUUCUUGAGUCUCUCCCGUAUUCUUCUCUCUCCCUCCCUCCCUCGUAAUUUCGUUUCCCUUCAAAAUCCACCAAUGUGAAAUUAAAAACCCAAUUUCUGACAUUUCCGAUCCGUUUCUUUUCUUUUCUUUUGAGAAGAAAAGAUGUCCGACGCUUUGAUCAACGGCUUAGCUGGCGCCGGAGGUGGCAUCAUCGCUCAGCUGAUCACCUACCCUCUGCAAACCGUCAACACACGGCAGCAAACGGAGCGAGAUCCGAAGAAGGCGAGAAGAAAAAGGCAUGGAACGAUCGAACAGAUGUGUCAGGUCGUGAAGCAGGAAGGAUGGGGGCGGUUGUACGGAGGCCUGGCGCCGUCCCUGGUGGGAACCGCGGCGUCGCAGGGUGUUUAUUACUAUUUCUAUCAAAUAUUUAGGAACAGGGCAGAAGUUGCUGCACUUGAUCGUUGGAAGAAUGGAAUUGGGGAUGGAUCAGUUGGGAUGCUCUCAUCGCUUCUUGUGGCUGCAAUGGCAGGGUGUGUGAACGUGCUGUUUACCAACCCAAUUUGGGUUGUAGUUACGCGUAUGCAGACACACACAAAGGCGUUGAAGAAAAUUGAGCCUUGUCAAACGCCAUCGAUUGUUGCAGAUGAUGCGCUUCAGAUUGUGGCAAUUGAGCCACCUCCUUAUGGAACUAGCCAUGCGGUCCAAGAAGUAUACAAUGAAGCUGGAUUUUGGGGUUUCUGGAAGGGUGUACUACCGACGCUUAUCAUGGUGAGCAACCCUUCCAUACAAUUCAUGCUGUAUGAGACCAUGCUGAAGCAGCUGAAGGAAAGACGCACCUUGAGUAAGAAAGCCACAAAAGGAGUGACUGCAUUGGAGGUAUUUCUUCUUGGAGCUGUUGCUAAACUUGGGGCGACUGUUGUGACUUAUCCUCUGCUUGUUGUGAAGUCGAGGCUUCAAGCAAAACAAGUGAAGGGUGGCGACAAGAUGCACCAUUACAAAGGUACUCUUGACGCGAUUGCGAAAAUGAUACAUUACGAAGGUCUCUCAGGCUUCUACAAAGGGAUGAGCACGAAAAUCAUGCAGAGCGUGCUUGCUGCUGCAGUCUUGUUCAUGGUUAAAGAAGAGAUUGUGAAGGCAGUCCGCUUGCUGAUAAUGAAGGAUGCCAGCCUGAUCAACAAGGUAAGAUCAAAGCCACCAUGAGAAAUGCUCCUUUUUUUUCUUCUUCUUCAAUUUUUUUUUUUUUUGAAAUUGUUAUGCUUAAAUUUAGUUUUACAAUGUUAGCGGGCCACUGCCCAGCCAAAAUUGUACUGAUUUAAGGGAAGUGCUCAUCUCCACAAGCAUUCUUGUACUUUGAAAUAAAGUAAGACAAUUCCCCUGAAAAAAUAAUGUUAUGUAAGAUUGCUAUUGUUCCAAUCUACUAGUUUUGAUUUUCAUAGAA